AUGAGAUCAAAACAUUCCUCUAGAGGAAUGGUGUGGGCGAGUGGGUCGACCGCAUGGGCGAUGAGCUGGUCGGAAACGGGGAGAUCCGAUAAGCGUCACGAUGGGGCAGAUCUUAUAGGCCAGAUCAUCCCGUUUUCAUCUUACCAUGAUCAUGCCCGCACUUCCUCCCGUCAAUACCAUGAAUGGCCUCAGAAAACCAUCAAUGCAUAUAAUAUCUGUCUCCAAUUUGAGAAAUCAGCCCUAGCCGAUGAUUCACGCAAGAUCGUCAGGGCGAUACAUUCGCACACACAAGACAACGCGCAGUUGUCCCAACUCGGGUUGACCAUCAUCGACUAUUUCAUCCGUUCCUUCAACGAGCUCAAAGGUCGAACACAUCUGUUUCCCUGGUCAUUCGAAUGUAUCACCCUGACGAUAGAAGUCAGGCGGCCCAAAAUUCCAUCAAGAGGCAAAGGAUCUCGUGACCUGGCCCUUGUCCGCGACGUGUUUCGCUGUGUGCUAGUGACUGGCAAGUACGACCUGAACACCGUCUCUGAGGUUUCGGCUUCCCCCGACGAGAUUGGGAAUGCAGACCCCGUGUACACACACAUUGUGCCAGAAUCCACGCAUUUCAACAUAUCCGACGAGGACCCUAGCAACAUAAUGGUGUGA